UGUGUUUCUUUUUCUAUGCUUUUUUAUAAUUCUCCUUCGCUUUCUCUCUCUAAAACCUCAAGUUCUCUCUCUAGCGCCCUCUCACUGCUCUCUCUCUCAUCUGCAACUGAUUUUGCAGAUCAUACUUCCCUAGAUUCUCCCAUUCCGUUUACGCGCACUUCCUCGCCGCGAGCUCGCCGACCUCAACGUCACCGGAAUCCACCGAGAGUCGCCGUCGUUCCUCGAUCGCCUUCUUCCGGUGCAACCUAGUGCCUUGCCACGGUGCCAAUCGCCGAGUCGGAGAGCGCUAGAGUGGUUCCUGCGCCGCGCAAAGCUGCGGAGCAAAGCUUCAAUUGGGUGAGUGAGAGAUGGAGCUGUAAUUAUGGUGGAUUCGCGUGCUGGAGGAGGCUCGGAGCUGUUGGAGCGAGGGUUUGAGUGGGUGAAUUGAUGAAUGGAAGGGUUCGGGUACGAGAACGGGUGAAUGUAAAAGAUUAGUGUUUGGAUUUGAGGAGAAAGUAAAAGUUUCUAAUUAGUGCUGUUUGUGUGUUUUUUUUUUUCUUUUUGCGUUUUUUUGGUUUUGUUUUUGCGUGAUGUCGCGGACUGGUAGAAUGGCUUCGGAUCUUAGCAGAACCGGCCCUGUGGAAAGAGACAUUGAGCAGGCCAUUACUGCUUUAAAGAAAGGGGCCUGCUUGCUCAAGUAUGGAAGAAGGGGAAAACCCAAGUUUUGCCCCUUUCGUCUUUCCAAUGAUGAAUCUGUUUUGAUAUGGUUCUCAGGGAAAGAAGAGAAACACCUUAAACUGAGUCAUGUCUCUAGAAUUAUAUCUGGACAACGCACACCUAUCUUUCAAAGAUAUCCACGACCUGAGAAAGAAUACCAGUCAUUCUCUCUUAUCUACAAUGAUAGGUCACUGGACUUGAUAUGCAAGGAUAAAGAUGAAGCUGAAGUCUGGUUCAGUGGUUUGAAAGCAUUGAUAUCCCGUAGCCAUCACCGGAAGUGGAGAACAGAGUCAAGAAGUGAAGGUAUUCCAUCCGAGGCUAAUAGUCCUCGAACUUACACAAGAAGAAGUUCUCCGUUAAAUUCUCCCUUUGGCAGUAAUGAAAGCCUGAAAAAGGAUAGCGGGGAUCACCUUCGCCUUCAUAGCCCAUACGAGAGUCCCCCUAAGAAUGGUUUGGAUAAAGCAUUGGAUGUGGUUUUAUAUGCUGUCCCUCAAAAGGCUUUCUAUCCUCCAGAUUCUGCCAGUGCUUCAGUACAUUCUGUGUCGUCUGGAGGAUCAGACAGUAUGCAUGGUCACAUGAAGACAAUGGGGAUGGAUGCUUUUAGAGUUAGUCUAUCAAGUGCUGUUAGCACAUCUAGCCAAGGUUCUGGUCAUGAUGAUGGUGAUGCUCUAGGGGAUGUUUUCAUUUGGGGGGAAGGCACAGGUGAUGGUGUUCUGGGUGGUGGGAAUAAUCGAGUUGGGAGUUGUUCGGGUGUGAAAAUGGAUUCUCUAUUUCCAAAAGCCUUGGAGUCUGCAGUAGUUCUUGAUGUGCAGAAUAUUGCUUGUGGUGGACGGCAUGCGGCCCUAGUGACCAAACAAGGUGAAAUUUUCUCGUGGGGGGAGGAAUCCGGUGGCAGACUUGGGCAUGGUGUUGACUCUGAUGUGCUCCAUCCAAAGCUUAUUGAUGCUCUAAGCAAUACAAAUAUUGAACUUGUAGCUUGUGGGGAAUAUCACACAUGUGCUGUGACACUUUCUGGUGAUCUUUAUACGUGGGGUAAUGGUGCAUACAACUAUGGCCUUCUUGGACAUGGAAAUCAAGUGAGCCACUGGGUACCAAAGAGAGUAAAUGGUCCCUUGGAAGGCAUACAUGUUUCAUAUAUUUCCUGUGGACCAUGGCACACUGCUGUUGUGACAUCUGCUGGUCAAUUAUUUACUUUUGGUGAUGGAACAUUUGGUGCUUUGGGUCAUGGAGACCGAAAAAGUGUUUCAUUACCAAGGGAAGUAGAAUCCCUCAAGGGUCUUCGAACUGUGCGGGCUGCGUGUGGUGUUUGGCACACGGCUGCAGUUGUGGAAGUCAUGGUUGGAAAUUCAAGUUCCAGCAACUGCUCUUCAGGGAAGCUGUUUACUUGGGGUGAUGGAGACAAAGGUCGACUUGGGCAUGGUAGUAAGGAAGAAAAACUUGUUCCUACCUGUGUUGCGCUCAUUGAACACAAUUUUUGUCAAGUUGCUUGUGGACAUAGUCUCACUGUUGCACUUACCACCUCUGGCCAUGUCUAUACAAUGGGCAGUCCUGUCUAUGGCCAAUUAGGCAAUCCUCAGGCAGAUGGGAAGCUACCAAUUCGUGUUGAAGGGAAAUUGUCAAAAAGUUUUGUGGAGGAGAUAGCUUGUGGUGCAUAUCACGUUGCAGUUUUAACUUCAAGGACUGAAGUUUACACAUGGGGAAAGGGUGCAAAUGGCCGUUUAGGCCAUGGGGAUACAGAUGAUAGAAAUUCCCCAACAUUAGUAGAAGCUCUGAAGGACAAAGAUGUCAAAAGUAUUGCUUGUGGAACUAAUUUCACUGCAGCUAUAUGUCUGCAUAAGUGGGUUUCUGGUAUUGACCAGUCUAUGUGUUCUGGCUGUCGAAUGCCAUUUAAUUUCAAAAGAAAACGCCACAAUUGUUAUAAUUGUGGACUUGUUUUUUGCCAUUCAUGUAGCAGUAAGAAGUCUCUUAAGGCUUCAAUGGCACCAAACCCGAACAAACCUUAUCGUGUCUGUGAUAAUUGUUUUAACAAACUUAGGAAAACAGUAGAAACUGAUUCUUCGUCUCAUUCUUCUGUGAGCAGAAGAGGAAGUGUCAAUCAUGGGUCUCUGGAGUUAAUUGAUAAGGAUGACAAAUUAGAUUCUAGAUCUCGAAAUCAGCUUGCCAGGUUUUCUUCAAUUGAAUCCUUCAAACAAGUGGAAAGCAGAUCUUCAAAGAAAAACAAGAAAUUGGAAUUCAACAGCAGCCGUGUCUCGCCUGUUCCAAAUGGGGGUUCACAAUGGGGAGCAUUGAAUAUUUCUAAAUCUUUUAAUCCUGUUUUUGGAUCAUCAAAGAAAUUUUUCUCAGCUUCUGUUCCUGGAUCUAGAAUUGUUUCCCGAGCAACAUCCCCAAUAUCUAGACGACCUAGUCCACCUCGUUCAACUACACCGACCCCAACGCUAGGAGGUCUUACAUCACCAAAGAUAGUUGUGGAUGAUGCUAAGAGGACUAACGAUAGCCUCAGUCAGGAGGUUAUUAAAUUAAGAUCACAGGUGGNAAACCUGACUCGGAAGGCCCAACUUCAAGAAGUUGAGCUGGAAAGAACAACUAAACAGCUAAAAGAUGCAAUAGCAAUUGCUGGGGAAGAAACUGCCAAAUGCAAAGCAGCAAAGGAAGUAAUAAAGUCACUCACUGCUCAGUUGAAGGACAUGGCUGAGAGGCUACCUGUAGGACCUGCUAGGAGUGUGAAAUCACCGUCUCUUGCUUCUUCUUUUGGUUCUAAUCCUUGUUCCAAUGAUGUUAACUAUGCUUCCAUUGACCGAUUAAAUAUUCAAGCAUUAAGUCCAGAGGCAGAAUUAACUGCAUCAAACAACCAGUUACUUUCAAAUGGAUCAGGCACUGUUAGUAACCGAAGUGCAGGUCACAAUAAAAUGAGCCAGUCUGAUUCAACAAAUAGAAAUGGGAGCAGAACAAAAGACUGUGAAUCCCGUAGUGAAAGUGAAUGGGUUGAGCAAGAUGAACCUGGUGUUUAUAUUACGCUCACCUCCCUUCCAGGAGGUAAAAUAGAGCUUAAGCGAGUUCGCUUCAGUNGGAAGAGGUUCAGUGAGAAGCAAGCAGAGCAAUGGUGGGCUGAGAAUCGNGCAAGAGUAUAUGAACAGUACAAUGUGCUCAUGAUUGACAAGUCUUCUGUCGGUGUUGGGGGUGAGGACCUGGCUCAUUGACACGACAACCUGUAAAUGAGAUGUUUUUCAUCAUUUUGGUUGGGAUUAGAGCAAGACCACACUGAUCAAUUUCAUUUGGCUUCCAUCUAAUAUAAACGACGAGGGAAGCUAGGGUUUGGCAUAGUAGGAGAGAGAAUAGGGAUUGAUUGUGAUUUGUAAUUCCUCUUGGUUUUCUUCUUCAUCUUUUCCUCUUUGAUUUCACUUUCCAUUUUUUCCCUAUAUGAUGUACCUUGUGUGGGGGUUGAGGGUGAGAAAUGUAAAUUCUUAGUAGGUUGCAGGCUCUGGUUGAAAGGAGCGGCAGUGUAAAUUUCAUAAGCGAAUGCAUUUGCAAAUUUUUCUUCUACACGGGAUAUAAAUUCCUUAAGCCAUGGGAACAACGCCACUAAUUAGCUAAAUAUAUUUACAUGGCCCUGCCAUUUGCCUACUUUUCA